AUGGGAUUUCAGGGUGAAGUAGGGCAAGAUUCAGAUUCUACACCCAAGCAGCUUCCACUUUUCUCCAAAACAAUACCACCCAUGAUGCAGUCACCUUACCAUUCAGGGAUGCUAACACCACCACUGCACACUUUAGCUUCAGUUCCAUUUCAAUGGGAGGAGGAGCCUGGGAAGCCUAGACCAUGCACUGCUCUCAUCGCACUCCCCAACCAUAAAGACACUGAAACAAAGUGCUUAGAGCUUCCUCCAAGACUGUUCAUGGAAUCUACCACUAAAAUUACCAAAUUACCCUCUCCCACCAGAGUCUUGGAUGGACCUUAUGUGGGCAUACCCAAGUUCUCUUCUUCUUCAUUCAGAUCUCUCGGAGAGGCUAAAGGGUCGUUUGACGGUUCGAGUAGCAAAAUUCCUGAGAAUGUGCAACUUAGAACUGUUGUACUUUGCAAGAAAAGACACAAAAGAAGAGGUUUAUUUUAUUCUUGGGGAAAAAAGACUAUCACAGUACUUAAGGGUCGGAAGAAGGAAAUUGGUGAUGACGAUGCUGGGACAAAGGCUAAAAUUGAAAAAUUAACAAGAAAUGGAAGCUUUUCAAGCUUCACUCAAGCUAGGUCUCACCUUUGGGAUGCUAUAUAUGAAGGUUUCAAGCAAGUGAUGCCGUGGAAGAAUAGAAAAUCAAACAAAGAAAAGCUUACAGUUUAA